CGGGCUUCAAAAGAGAAAAUCUACCGGCGCACAUGCGCAAUAUGUUUCCAGGGGAAUAUUGAUCUCUUUGAUCUAAUCAAAGCAUUGUUCCCUCAAGUUAAACUCAACCUCAUCUCAAAGCUUCCACUGCCGACCGUUCCGGCGCCAUGGUACAGGACAAGACGAAGGAAGUUGUGAGAGUGAUCGACGCACCAAUCGCCGACAUUUGGGCAAUAAUUGCAGCCUUUGGUUCCGAAAGGCUUUGGUUUCCCAAUGGUAUCAACUCCAGUCUUGAGGGAUUCGGUAUUGGAUCAGUUCGCACACUGACUUUCAACAACGGCCACGUGGUUCAUGAGCGAUUGGAGAAGGCCGAUCCGGAGACACAUACCAUCACCUACCUAAUUCUUGACGGCGUCCCAAACACGACAAACCCCCGCGGAACGUUGCGAUUGACAGCCAUGAGCGAGGACAAAACACAAUUCAGUUGGUCGGGCGCUUCUGAAUGGACGGAGCCAAGCUUUAAACCGGUUCUUGCCGGAAUGUUGGAGGAGAUGUUCAACGGGUGCAUGGAUGCUAUUGUGUCCAUUUCAAGUAGCCGGGAGGAAAGCUGUACAUGAUUUGAUUAUUAAACACCUAUGGACACAUUAAAAUAUGAAGGGCUCUAGGCAAUUAGGCGUUCUGGACUGAAAAAGCAGAGAUGCAAGGUACUGGAGAGUGCUCCUCCAAUAAAUAACUAUCGUACCCACUGCCCAUUGUCCAUUGAAUGCCUUGAAUUAAAGGAUGCCUGGCGUCCGAGGCAGCAUUCCUUAUGUCGAU